AUGGUUGAUGGAAGUGAAAUAAAAAGAUUAACUGAAGCGUAUGGAUCGAAGAAUCAACCUCAUAAUUCAUCUGAAAAUAUUUUAUCAACACCAAAACGUAGACGAUAUGAAGAUAAUGAUAAUGACGUGCAAAAAAUAGACGAUAAUGAUAAUUUUCAAAUAGUUGAAAAACGUAAUCGAAAAAAAACACGGACAACAAUUAAUUCAAACGACUACCCAUGUAAUCACGAAACGCACGUUGGACGCGGCUAG